GCUUCCUCUCCCUGCAGGACAUUUACCUGCGUGACGUCACCAGGGUGGUCCGCCAGGAAGUGCGGGAGUAUGGAGCUUAUCUCUUCAUGGUCUCCGGACACAGUGAGAGGCUACUUAGAGGGUCUGGACCCUGCAGUCCAGCAGUACCCCUGCCAGGGGUGGAGGAUCACGGGGCAGGAUCUGCUGGACCUGUCCCCUCAGCAUCUUGAUGCCCUAGGAGUCAGGAGCAUUGGACACCAGGAGAUAUUUUUGGAGGCUGUGGAACAGCUGUGCGCCUUGCACUAUGAAUUACACAGUGAAACUCUGAGGUCUCUCACUGAUAAACUGUAUCGAGUGUCCCGAAUAUUAUGUUCGCACAUCCUUACCCUCAGGAAGGCCUCCUCACCGUCCUUGGCCUUAUCUCCCACUCAGAAACAGCUGGCUUGCAUCAUAGACAUUAUCUCCGCAGCACGAGGCCUCUUCUCCUGGCUUAACAGGUAUCUGUUCACACGGUUGAACGAUUACUCGGCUACCCGAGAUGUUAUUGCACUGUGUGUUGAGCUAGCAGAAGUGCUGCAUAAGGACUGGUCAGAUCCACUUAUCGAAAACAGGAUUCUAGCAAUUUGUGAAAAUGUCUGUGGAGUAUGUAGGAGUAUUCUGAACUGCAGCCCAGAGAGCCUCCUCAGUCAGACCGCAACACUCGAGCUGGUGCAGAUUUAUCCAGAGGCUUCAAGUUUGGGUAUUGAAUUUAAGUCCACGGCUUCUGGACAGCAUUUUGUCUGCCGGUUAACACCUGAGUCUCCAGCACAACGCUGUGGCCAAAUCUUUCCAGGAGACGAGAUCAUUAAAGUGAAUGACCAGGUGGUGGUUGGAUGGACACAGAAGAACCUGGUGUGGAAACUACAGGAAAGAUCAAACUGUGUGGAUAUCGUUUUAAAGAAAGUUACCAUCUACCAGUCUAAAUCUCCUGUAUCCCCAAACCAAAAGAAAGUUCAUGGAAUGUUCAGAUCAUCGUCAUCAUCACGCAGUGCUCUAGAGUCGCCACUUAUGACUGAUAUACCUUCCUCUCCAACUGAAUGGCACGGUGCCUCCAUAAUAACACACACAAGCCCUCUGACCGCAAUCAGUACAUCCACCAUACUUACAAGCAAUCCAUUAUCUUUAGGACCAGAGGCUUCAUCACGGGAACAUUUAGAAACAAAUUCUCCCUCCAGUAAAAACUUCCUUGAAGCUAAUCAACAUCAGUCUAAGGAGUAUCUCUCACACAUCCAUAAUACCUGGCCAAGUUCUGGGACUCCACAUUACAAACCUCCUGCCUCAAUUAUUUUCCAUUCAGCGUCUGUUCAUCCAAGUUCUGAAUCUUUAAGCCUGGAAAAUACAAUGUCUUCAACCAUAUAUGCCAAAACUCUUACUCCAUUGUCACAAAUUUCUCUAGAGCUGGAUCCACAAGAUUUAAAGGACAUCCCCCGGCCAAGGAGUGGGUCAGAGUCUAGCCCAAAAUCCACAAUCAGCCUUCUAUCUGUCCCCUUAUCUCCUGGAAUACUGAGGACUACAGUGUCUGAAAGUAAUCUUUUAAAUCCUGCAAAUGCUGCAGUUCCUCAGAAAUUCCAAGGCCAAGAAGGUUCGCUCAAGAAUUCAGACACAACAUCGAUAAGUUCUCAAAGUCGCCAAAAGGAUAAGAAACUGCACCUUUCACCAGUCAGUGGUCAGCCAAACCGUGAUAAAAGGGCUUUAGGAGGAGUUUCACAAACUCAGAAAGGUGCUGCAACCAAGUUAAGUCGUAGACGGGUGUCCUGCAAAGACUUGGGUAGCCCUGAUUGUGAUGGAUGGCUGUGGCAGAGAAAGGAAAAUGUUAGCUUCAUGUCCCAAAAGUGGAAACGUUGCUGGUGUGUUCUUAAGAAAGAUCGAUUGUACUGGUACAACUCACCACAGGAUGAGAAGGCUAUAGGACUGCUAAAUAUUUCUUCAUAUAGUCUGGAAAGCACUCGGGAGGCAAAAUCCAAAAAGAAGUAUGAAUUUCAACUCUCCCACCCAACAUACAAGCCAUUUGUGUUUGCUGCAGACAACUUGACUGACAUGCAAAUGUGGGUAACCUUUCUCUUAAAAUCACUGCAGAGAUAUACAGCUCCACAGAAUUCCAGUCAUUCACGAGAGGAAGACUGUUACAGUGAGACAGAAGCUGAAGAUGAUGAUCAAGUCAAAUCUCAUGAUAUGGUUAAGAAGCCCUUGAUACCGUCACCUUCCAAUUAUUUGCCUGGUUCAACGUCUGCACCUGGUCGUGAAGAAGGAGCUGAAGGAGGACACGUCACAAAAUCCAAUACUGUCCAACAGUUGAAACAGUCACCUGUGAAAAAUACAUCUGAAGCAAUAUCAGCAGCUACUUGUGAAGAAGGGGCAGAAGGCGGACAGUUGCCAAAAUCGAGUAAAGGAAUCGGUGAUGAUCUAGAAAUAAUGAUGACUUGCCUGAAACAAGGAGGUGUUUCGCUCAUUGGUAAGAAGACUACAAUGACACGGGAUGAAUAUAGGAAAUCUUUUAUACGUCGCAACAAGAAUCCGGACAUAAAUCAUAAAGCACAUGCUUUACGUGUUCUCCAAAGCACAUUGAAGGCAAAGCUUUUAGAGCUGCAGUCAUUGAACCAAGUCCUGGAGAAUCCAGACCUUACCUCUGCUGCAUUUCAGAAAUGGAAGUCUCAGCAUGAACAUCACUAUGGCAGUCUUGAAAAGAGUCCUCAGACACAGCGAGCAGUUGCUGGUAACCUAUAUCAAGAAAGGAAAGAUGAUGAUAAUCAUGGUGUCAGAGAGAGUGAAGAAAGUGACUAAGUAUUACCUAUGAUAGCGAUGAAUAUCAAAUACUAUGAUGGUGUAUCUCUAGCGAUUUCAAUUUCAACAGUGCUUGGCAGUUCAUUCUCAGUUUAAUGGGAUUGGCAACUAUGAGACGUUAACUAUUUAUAGUUGCAUUAUUGUAUAUAUCUUGAUCUACCAGUGCCGCUGAUACCUAAGUACUUUCUGGAUAGGUCAUAUUGUAAUGCAUCAGUUGCCCCAGUUAAGCUCACAGGGGUCUUGCUUUGAAGAUGCUAAAAACCAGCCUGGUCAAUGGUGCACCAGACUCUGUGUGCCCUUCAUAAAUUGACGUGUGGGACCAUUACUGUCAUUGAAUCUCAUCGCUCUGAUCUUAUUAUUGAAUUUUACAAUACUUUUCCAAAGAAGAAUGGAUGGGAGUAACUGGAAUUCACUUGACAAGAGGAUUAUUGAUGCUGAAGACCUUCUGUUGGCACAGCGUUUGUCAUAAAUGAACUUAUUUUUAACAUCCGUUUGAAAUUGUACCAAGCUGCUGUAUCUGAUGGGAUAUCAGGCACACGUAAAGCCAGUAUUUUCCUUUUUUAUGUAUGUUGCUUUUAACAUCCGCUUUUUUCACACAUUUCCUUAGCCACAGUUAAUAGAAGAAUGAAAGGUUUUUAUAGAUGGGUAUUUAUAGUUAUUCAUGUUUUGCAUGCUUUUUGGUUAUUUGAAUUUAAUAUCCCUAAACAUUUGUACAUGCACACAACAUACUGUAUGUACAUGCCACAUUUAAAAGUUCCUGGACUCAUCUGAAGGCUGAAUAAUGGCUUUAUUAAAGGGGUUGUCCGGGUUCAGAGCUGAACGCGGAGGACAUACCCAAUUUCACCCAGGCAGCCCCCCUGAUCUUAGAAUCGGAGCAUUU